AUGGCGACAGCUUUAGUUUCCAGACUCACCAAAGGACGUUCAUUGCUUGGAGGUCUUACGAAUGCUUUCUCUGGUUUGAUGAGUUCAUCCACUGGAAUGAUGAGUGGAAGCACCAUCUCUCAGCAGCAGCAGCAGCAGCAACAAAGGACGUUCAUUCAAAUGGGAACAAGACUCAAAGUAGUGGAUAACUCGGGUGCAAAGGAGGUGGUGUGCAUUCAAUCUCUAAGGGGAAAGAAAGGAGCAAGACUUGGAGAUAUCAUCAUUGGUUCAGUUAAAGAAGGCUUACCAGUAGUUAAAGUGAAGAAAGCGAAUGAGAAAGAUGGCUAUGUACCAGCUGUACCAAUAGGUAAAAAGUUUGACUGGAAAAGUGUUAUACCAAAAGGUAAAGUGCACAAAGGGAAUGUCGUGUACGGUGUUGUUGUACGUGCUAAGAUGCAGAAAGGUCGUGUUGAUGGAAGUCAAGUGUGUUUUGAUGACAACGCCAUCGUUAUUUUGGGAAUUAAGAAACGCACGGAAAAGUAUAAAGGUGGGUUUCACCAACCGAUUGGUACUCGUGUGUUUGGUCCUGUCCCCCACGAGCUGCGCCAUAGGAAACAGCUCAAGAUCCUUGCUUUGGCUGAGGACCUUGUUUGA